GAAGACUCCUCCUUACUAGGUCCAUCUACAACAUAUUUUAGUUUUUGACAUAAAAAUUCAUACCAAGAUAGAGAGCAGAGAAAUAGAAAGAGUGUGUUGUGAUGGGGAAUUACAAGUUCAGGUUAUCAGAUAUGACACCAUAUGCCUGGUUUUACAAGCUCAAGGAGAUGGGUAGACCCAGAAACCCUAAUGCUUCUACUACACAGCAACUCAAGCCAAAUCAAACCCACCAUCCCCACUCUUGUCCUAGAAAGUCAUACUACAUUAACAGAGACCUUAUUCCAUGUGAGUCUACAUUUCACAAUUCUCCCACAAACCCAAAAGUCUCUGACACCAAUUUGCCUGACCCACCAAGAAAAUCCUCCAAGCAAAACCAUAGGAGAAGAAGAGCAAACAGAAACUCUUACUCACCCAAGCUUGCAAGCUCCCCUGCUUCUGCUGGUUGCAGCUCUCCAUUGGAGUCCUCACCUUCUCCUCUCUCUGGUGUCUCUUCCGAUGAGCCUGAACUUCAAUUCUCAUCACCACCAGUACCCGAAUUCAGGUCUGACCAUGUACUUGCCACUGACAAAACAUUUGAGGAUAUGGUAUCUUGGUCUACCUCAUUCGGGUCUGGAAAACAUCCAAAUCCCAAUACAAAAGCCAUGGUAAUCGAUCUGGGUGACAAGUUUUCCUUAACAAAAUUCAAUAAUCUUGAUGGGUUUGAUCAAAUUUCCAAUCUUGAUCUUCCCCCAAUCAUAACCAGGCCUUCAAAAUUGAGCGAAGCAACAGCCAAAUGCAGAAAGAGCUCUGUUUCCAUUACAGUGAAGGAGCAGAAAACAAGUCCUGUCAUCAGGAGACUCUCUGCAACCUCAGCUGGAAUGAGAUUAAGAAUCAAUUCACCGAGACUGGUGAACAGGAAAAUUCAAGGUAGGAAGAGUUUAUCAUCGAAUUCAAGCACGAGAUCGAGACGGAGCCUCUCUGAUAGUCUUGCAAUAGUGAAAUCCUCCUUCAAUCCCCAGAAAGAUUUCAGGGAUUCAAUGGUGGAGAUGAUCAUGGAGCACAAUAUCCGGGCAUCAAAAGACUUGGAGGAGCUUCUAGCCUGUUAUCUUUCAUUGAAUUCUGAUGAGUACCAUGACCUUAUUAUCAAGGUUUUCAAGCAAAUCUGGUUCGAUUUAACAGACAUCCGGGAGAAGUAGAAGAAUUUUCAAUCGUACAUCACUGCUGUUAAGAGUUUUCUUUUAAGUAAUUUAAUUAGAUAAUCUUUCUGUUGAAUAAAUAACUCCUGUAAAGAUCAGUAACUGAUAGAUAAUUAGUAAGAUCUGCAAAUUAUCAUCUUGUUUUGGGUCUACAGUGAUGAUGAUUUCUUGUUACAAUUGGAAUCACAUGUGUUUGUUUUGUUUUGAUGUCUA